AUGACAUCUGACGCUGCACAUGCAUCGUUCCUGGAUCAAGUCAAGGAGACAAAAAGACUGGCGGAGAAGUUUACUCAAUUUCGGCCCGCCAUCCCCCUCGACGAUCCAAAGGCACGCUUUCCUGGAUUUCGGCAAAGAGUCGUCAGUUACAAAGCAGGACAGCAAGUUAAAGAUGGCGCCAAACCUUUGCCAGUGGACAUCGUCAUGCACGAAAGUGUUGCUAUGACCUUAUCGGAUGGCAUCAAACUCUUUUGUGACGUCUUUCUUCCAGCAACGUCUAACAAGACUGAUUUCGCUGAUUCGCAAAGUGAAAAAAUUCCGGCCUUGGUUGCUUGGAGUCCUUACAGCAAGCAAGGUGGAGUCACAAUGCUGGAUGAUUUUCCCUUCCGUGCGGGCGUCCCUAGCUCAUGGGUCUCGGGGCUCCAGAAAUGGGAGGGACCCGAUCCAGCAUAUUGGUGUGAGCAAGGCUAUGCGAUUGUAAAUGUUGAUGCUCGCGGCGCAUAUACAUCUGAGGGUGACCUUAUCAUGAUGGGUCAUCAAGAAGCGCAGGAUGGUGCGGAAUUCAUUACGUGGGUGUCUGAGCAGCCGUGGUGUUCUGGUAAGGUAGCUUUGACCGGCAACAGUUGGCUGGCGAUGUCGCAGUGGAAAAUCGCAAGUCUCCGGCCUAAAGGGCUUUGCGCAAUCACUCCUUGGGAAGGCUUAACAGAUGCCUAUCGUGACUGUCAUUGUCCGGGAGGCAUCCCGUCUCCCGGAUUUCAUCACUGGAUUGUGGGUAAGAUUCUGUCCUCUACCCGUUCUGCCGGGAAGCAAUUAGGAGCGAAACAACAUAUCAUUAACGGGGAUACAGAUCGAUUCAGUGGUCGCGGAAGAGUAGAAGAUGUGCCUGCGACACUGAAAGCUCAUUCCUUCUGGAACGAGUAUUGGGAAGAUAAGAAGGCAAAGUGUGAACAAAUCAACGUUCCAACCUAUCUUACAGCUACAUGGACAAAUCCGAUUCACACCCCCGGUACGUUCAGGGCCUAUCGAGCAUUGCCAGAUUCGACACCAAAAUGGUUGCGAGUACAUAACACUCAGGAAUGGUCUGAUUACUACUCUGAUCCUUCAACACGUGAUCUAAAGCGUUUUCUGGAUCAUUUCCUCAAAGGUCGUGUAAACAAUGGCUGGCUCGCUACCCCUAAGGUUAGAAUAAGUGUCUUGAAUCUCGGGCUAUCUGGGUUAGAAGAUACUACCAAUCGCCCGGAAUCCGAGUUUCCCCUCGCUCGAACCACUUAUAAAAGGCUGUUCCUUACUUCUGACGGACUCAUGACUCAAGAUUCAUAUCGCGGUCAGGAAUCUUCUGUCUCAUAUGACUCUCAAACAGGUAGUGCGACCUUCAGGUUUCCUAUUACCGAAGAAAUGGAGACAACGGGAUACUUCUUGGCAAGGCUUGUCGUUUCCUGCUCUGAAGGUUCCGACAUGGACUUGUUCGUCCAGAUGUCCUCAUAUCACGGGAAAUCGGCUUCCAGGCAGGGCAGCCUUACUAUCCGUCCUCCAAGUCUUUCGGAUCAGGCGUUUUUGAAAAGUCUGCAUGAUUGGCAUACUGGUAUGGAAAGAUUUGGGAUGCUUUUUCACUGGGGCUCGGAAGGUCAGCUCCGAACUUUCCUGCGGGACAAGGUGGAGAAGGGAUCUGUGGAGCUGGGACUAAACGACGCCCAAAAGGGCCAAUUCACAUAUGUGAUGCAGAAAAUCAACAGUCAUAAUUUGACUAACUGGGCUAUGAUGCUGACGGAUAAGGCUGUGGAUAGGAGGAUGAAUAAGAAAACUCGGGACAUGGUGCUUCAUUUGGAGCUGUUGACUGAUCUAUACGAGGUGAUCCCUAUAUCGCUGAACUCGCUGGACUGGGUGCUGCGACGUGGAUGUGUGGUCACCCCAAGCCUGGAUAAUGCGUGGGAGUCAUACGAGCGGUUGUCUCGUUUGUCGAAAUUUUCGGGUCUGUGGGGGUGUGUCGGUGAGGACAGGAUUCUGGAGGAGGCGAUAAGUAAAUUGUUAGAAUAG